GGGCAAGGGAAAAAAUUGGAAAGCAUGUGACUUGCAUAACGCUUCCUCUUUCCCAUCUUAUUUCAUUUUGGUCUAUUUUCCCGUAUAGUUAAUUCUAGUAAUUUGCCUAUGAGAAGAGCACUCCACUGAUGAAACCUCUAACUAGAGGGUUGAGUCGUCGAAUCUAGGGAUUCUGAAGGAAGAUUUUUCAGUUUGUCGAAAUUUCGGAGCUAUCCGUUGGUGCUUCUUGGUGCCAGCGUCUAGGGUUUCGGUUUGCUGAUUGUGGGUUUUUUCGUGAAGUGCAGCUUAAUGGUGAGUGAUACUAGAUCUUCCCGGAAAGUUAAGGAAGCCAAGGAAGCCGAUAGCAAUAGUUCAAAGAAAAAUAUAAAUGUUAGAAAAGAUUCACCAAUGCGGAGGUCAGGAGAAGCUAAUGUAUCAGGUGUGAGACGGUCAGCCAGGGAAACAUCAUCGUCGAGACAGAUGACGCCAAGCCCUCAAAGUAUGCGGAAGUCCAAGCGUCUUGAUAAAGGGAUGCCACCUUUAACACCUCCUGUGAAGCGGAAAUCUGAAAGACUAGAGAAAUAUAGUACACCAAGUUCUCUGAGGAGGUCUGACAGGAGUAAGAAAAAUUUAUCUUCCAGUUCUUCUGGUUCCAAGCAAUCUGCGAAAGAACUUAGUUUGCCAGAGUCGAAGAGAAAGAAAGAGAAGAACUUGAUACAGGUGACACUGGAAUCUGAAAAAGCUGAACUUGACCCAGAAGCAGUUGGCAAGAAGAGAAAGAAAAUGAGUGCUAGGACUUUCAAAGCUCUGUUCAAAAGACAGCGCAUUGAGGAAAUCAUGCCAGAUGGUGAUGGGGAGCUGGAAGAACAAGAUACAUUAUAUCAGCUCCGCUGUCAUAAUAGUAGAGGGAGUGGCUCUGAGUCAACAGGAAAUGGGAUCGAUGUUAGUCAUGAGUGCAGCGGACAGGUAUCGGGGAAACUAAGAGAUGAAAGUAUUGAUAAAGCUUCUGGGGGAACUCUUCUGAAAUCGACUUCUGGUUUGAAAGGCUCCCAUGCAGACAAAAAAAGUGAUGUCAAUGUGGAUUCUAGCCUUAGGGACAAUGUCAGCGACGAGCCUUGCCAGAAAAACUCUCGGUCUAGUUCGGGUGUCAGAGGAACACCUCUUUAUUCUGAAAGGUCGCCGACAAAUUGUUCUUCUACUAAGAUUGUGGAUGCUCCUGAAUCAGAAAGUUCAACUUGCUUGGGAAGAUCGCGAGAUGGUUCUGGAAGCUUGGAAAGUAGUGAGAAUUAUCUGCACCCAAAAGUUGCAGAGGGUACUCUUUCACCAUUAGCUAAGUGUGCAAAUUGCAAUCUUGUGGGAACUUGUGUUCUAUGCUCCAAACAUAGAAGGGUGGGCUAUGAUUCGCCAGAGCAGGAGCUUUGUUCUUGCAGUUCUAUGGUUGACAGUGAACUAGGCAGCUUCUUUAUUUGCAAGGAUAGAAAUGAUGAUGGAGCAGCUGUUACCUCAGAAUCUGCUGAAAGGUCCGACUGCAGACACUUAUUGGUGGAGAAGUGUGGAUAUUCUCAAAUGGAUGGUCGUGGAAAUGUGUGUGCACGAUGCAACAAAGAUGGCGAGCUCCUGUGCUGUGAGGGGAAAGGUUGCAAGAGAUGCUAUCAUCUCUUUUGCUUAGAACCCCCCCUUGCUGAUGCUCUGCCAGGUGUUUGGCAUUGCCCCCAGUGUGUAAAGAAGAAGCUUUUGUUCGGUGCGCACUCUGUGUCAGAUGGUGUUGAGUCAAUUUGGGAUGUCAGAGAAGUGGAGGUAUCAAACGGGGUGCGGCAGAGACAAUAUCUUGUUAAGUAUCAUGGGCUUGCUCACAUUCACAAUCAUUGGGUGCCCGAGAAACAACUGCUUCUUGAAAAUCCUCGUCUUGUAUCAAGCUUUAGGGAAACGCACCAGAUUGUGAGGUGGAGGGCAGAGUGGACUGUGCCAGAUCGUUUGUUAGGGAAAAGACCUAUUCAGGAUCAGGUUUACAUAGCUUCUUCUGCUGUUAUCUCGGUAUGCAAUUUUGAAUGGCUUGUGAAAUGGCAUGGCCUUAGUUAUGACCAUGCUACAUGGGAGUUAGACAACUCCUCCUUCCUAAGCUCGUCUUUUGGUCAGAACCUAAUGAAGAACUAUGAAAUUCGUCGUCGUAAGGCUAAGCAAGAAGUUAAUCAGGGAGACAAGGGAUCUAUUUCCAAACUUUCAGAGCUUCCUGUCAGUGGAUCACAUGUAAAUGAUAACGUGUUGAAAAAUGUGAAUAAACUGCGUGAAUGCUUGUUCAAAUGCCAGAAUGCUGCUGUUUUUGAUGAUCAGGAGCGAGUAAUGACUGUUACUUCUUUUAUUGAGUCAAUGAAUGAAAGUGCUCGGCCUUUCCUAAUUGUGACGGCCUCUGGCUCAUUGUCCCAAUGGGAAGCUGAGUUUGCACAACUGGUGCCAUCAGUUGAUGUUGUUGUAUAUAAUGGAAACAAAGACACGAGGAAGGGGAUUAGAGCAUCAGAAUUUUAUGAAGAAGGAGGUCAAGUGAUGCUUCAAGUGCUCCUCUCUUCUGCAGAAGCUGUUUUGGAGGAUCUAGACAUAUUGGGAAGCAUAAGAUGGGAAGCAAUUGUAAUUGAUGAGUGCCAGCAAUCUUGGCUAUCAAAUGAUCUCGAACAAAUUAAGAUGCUCAGUACAAACUUAAGGAUAGUUCUAGUCAGCUGUCAAAUAAAGGAUCAAACAUCUGAGUACCUUAAAAUAUUAUCAUUGCUUGAAUCUAAUGGUGAUUUUGACAAGCUGAGGGGCUCCAGAUUUGAGACAAACGACAAUCUCUGCAAAUUGAAAGAUAGAUUGUCACGGUUUAUUGCAUAUGGAAGCACUUCUCAAGUUUCCAAGUUCCUUGAGUACUGGGUGCCGGUUCAGAUAUCAAAUUAUCAGCUUGAGCAGUAUUGUGCUACACUUUUUUCAAACUCUAUUCCUCUUCGCUCUUGUUCGAGAAACCAUCCCGUUAGGGCCCUCCAUGAUAUUCUUCUUACUGUUCGUAAGUGUUGUGAUCACCCUUAUCUUUUGGACCCAUCUGUACAAGAGCGCUUGUUUGCCGAGCAGCGUCCUGCCGCCGAACUUUUGGACAUUGGAAUAGAAGCUAGUGGGAAACUGAAGCUUCUCGAUACGAUGCUCACAGAGAUUAAGACUCGAGGGUUACGAGUACUUAUACUUUUUCAGUUGAUUAUAGGCUCAGGUGGCGCAUCAACUGGGGACAUAUUGGAUGAUUUUCUGCGCCAAAGAUUUGGUCAGCAUGCUUAUGAACGUAUUGAUGCUGGGGUCAUCCUUUCCAAGAAGCAAGCUGCUGUGAAUAGAUUUAACAAGAAGGAAACUGGACAGUUUGUUUUUCUAUUAGAUAAUCGUGCUUGUUCUUCAGUCAUUAAACUUUCGUCAUUGGAUAUUGUUGUCAUAUAUGAUAGCGGAUGGAAUCCAGCAAAUGAUUUGAGGGCACUGCAAAAGGUAUCAAUUGAUUCAAAAGAGGAGCAGAUUAAAGUUUUCAGAUUAUAUUCAUCCUUUACUGUUGAAGAAAGAGCACUACUUCUUGCAAAGCAAAAUUUACAUCUUGACAAUAAUUCGGAAAAUUUUAGCUGGGCCACAAGUAAUAGUCUGCUUUCCUGGGGUGCCUUACAUCUAUUCAAGAAAUUAGACGAAUAUCAUGCUGAUAGCAACUCUACUUCAGCUUUGAACUUUUCAUCUGACCACUUGCUUUUAAACAAAGUUACGAAGGAGUUCCAGGCCAUCCUUUCUGAAAGUUGUGAAGAUACUGAUUUGAAAGCUGUCAUUUCAGAAGUUAAGUUGGGUGUUGGAAGCUAUAGUUCGGAUAUUCCAUUGAUUGGUGAAGCGCAGGUUCAGUUGAAAGAUGGAGAAGAGCCUCAUGUUUUCUGGAAAAACUUGUUGGACGGGAAAAAUCCGCAGUGGAAGCAUUUAAGGGGACCAUGUACUUGGAUGGAUCUCCUAGUAAAUCAGAAAUUGAGAAAGUUGAUGUGAAGAAACGUAAAAAGUUGGUCAAUGAAAAUUUAGAUCCAACGUUAAUCAAAGAAACUCAAGUCGCUGUUUCUAAGGGAGGGCCUUCUACAAUGGGAACCUCUAAUCAAUCUCAAAUUAAUCCAACUUGCAUGUCUGGUGGGCGCUCUGUUGGUGCUGAGGUUUCUGCAGGUUCAUCAGACGGAAGAAUCGUCUCAUCUAAUGAUCAGAAAAGCCUGCAGGCUUUCCUGCAAGGGGAAAUGACGAGACUAUGCCAAAUUCUUAAAUUUUCGGAAAAUGUCACUUGUGCAGUGAGAAAACUUUUGGAAUAUGUCAUAAAAAAUCACCAUGUCAACAGUGAAUCACCACCAAUCGUGCAAGCUUUCCAAAUAUCUCUGUGUUGGAUUGCAGCCUCAAUCGCAAAAGAAAAGGUUGAUAAGAAGGAUACACUCAUGUUAGCGAAACAGCUGUUGAACUAUCAAUGCACUGAAGAACAAGUGAACUCAGUUUAUCUAAAGAUGCGAUCUCUCAAGAGAAUGUAUUUGCAGUGCCCAGAGAACACUAUUCGCUCAGGAAGAGAUGGCUUGUUAGCUGAAGAAGACAUCAGCAAAGGAUCAUCAAAAUUUGCUGAUGAGGGGUCACAGUUUUCUUUGAAAAUGGAGAAUGGAGAAGACUCUGAUAUUCGCGAGGAUGCUGAAAGACGGAUCCUUCUGCAGCAUGAACCGGCACUGAAGGAUAAAGCUGCUGCAAGUGAAAUAGAUAGUAAGAUAAACAAAAUACAGAGGAAAUGUGACAAGCGGAUGAAGAAACUUGUACAGAAACACCAAGAGGGAAUUCAGGAGUUCCACCGAAUUUGGGAGGAGAAAAGAGAGAAAUUGGAGACAGACCACAAAUUAGAGUCGGCCUUUAUUCGGUCUAUACAUGGUCAAGGCUCAGUAAGGAUGGAAAAGCUCAAGCUAUUGGACAAUACUUUUGCUAAGAAAAUGGAAGAACACCAUCUCCUAAAGUAUGAGGAGCUAAAAGUUCGUGAGGCAGAGCAAUUAGCUGCUAUUAAUGAGGAGAGGCACAAAGCAGCUCAUUGGCUGGCUAAAGCAAAAGCCUGCUCUAGUGAACCAAGUGCCGUCAAUGGGCCACCACUUUGUUCUCAGUCUGAGGAUGACGUUGGAGGCCAUCAGCCAAGUACACUUGCUAAAACCACUGGCACUGGGAAUGUUCGGCCCAUGUUUGGGCAGCAUGUAGAGGACCGAAAUCCAAGUGAGAGAUUUUGUCCAGAAGAGAACAAUGUUGUACCUUCCAUUACAUCGACAAGUACACCAGCUGAGGCAUUGGGCUGCAGAAAUCCUGUUGGUAAUUUGGUAAGUGUUAAUUCCCAAAAUAAAGUGGGGUUAAUGUCCUUGGAAAGAUCAUCAAUGCCUAUGGUUGACCAUCUUGAUCAACCAACCAAUUCCAAUGAUGUUGGGGAAACUGGUCUUCCGGACCUACCUGCUCCUGUGGAGUAUGUUUCGGGUGAAAUCCAAUCAGUUGAUCUGAGUGGAGACUGUCAACUAGAGGUACCCAAAACUGUUCCUAGUGAAGUUGUGGAGCAUGUUCACCCUGUAGAACUAAGUAAUGCAUCUAAGAAUGAGCCUGACAAAGGAAGAAAAAAUGCUCUGGCUGUGACUGAUGAUUCAGUGGGCCAGAAAGAUGGACCUGAUGGGGCAGUGAGCAAGGGUUUACCAAACUCGGGAGAACUGUUGGUGCAUUCAGAGCAAACUGUAGUGGUGCCAGAUUGUAACUACUUGUUGCCGCAGCAAGUAGAAGAAGAUAAAAUGGACCAAAGUUUGGUGUCUGCUGAAAUGCAAGAUCUAGAUGCACCUGGCGGAGAAAAUGAAAGUACUUUGCAGAUUGAAGUAGAAACAUCGGAACACGUUGACACUGUAACCCCCCUUCCAUCCAAUCUUGAAGCACCAGUAACUGAUGACAUUCUAACCACCAUACGAUCCAAUGAUGAAGCUCCAGUAACUGAGAACAGGGAAAGUCUGCAUUCUGUGUCAGUUGUAUCUCAUAGCUGCAAUCAGUCUCCAGCCACUGAGGACAAUGAUCAAGGAAUACCCUCCUCCGAAACUGUGGGGCCUGGAAUAGAAAUGCUUUCACAUAAUUCUAUUUCUCAAAGUGGGGAAAAUUUGGAAAUACAUGGCAAUCACCUUGAUUUAAGACCUGUAACUAGUGUUGCUCGUGGACAAAGUGUUGAAGUAUCUGCUACUCCCCAGAACGAUGUGGCUAUAGCCCAGGCAGUGGUGACUACAGCUGAACAGCUGAAUCAGGGUGUUCUGCCACUGGGAAUAGAUUCAGUCCGUUUUCAUCUAUCUAGGUACCAUCUUCCCCAUCCCAGUCAUCAACCGACGUCGUGGAAUUCGACUCCAUGUUUGUUAACAGAUCCACUUCAAAAUGAAUUAGAGAGGAUGCGCAAAGAAACUGAACUAUUGGAGAAAAACCAUGAAGACACGAUGUCACAGCUGAAAUCUGAUUGUGAGAAGGAGAUACAGGAAAUGAUUUCUCAAAUACGUAAAAAUUAUGAGGUGAAACUUCAGGAAAGUGAAGCUGCAUUUAGAUUGAAGAGGAAUGAACUUGACAAGAACCAAACCAAAGUUCUUAUGAAUAAAAUUUUGGCUGAGGCGUUCAGAUCUAAGUGCUUGGAUGUUAGGCCUCCUGGUCUCCCAGGUGCCCCAUCCAGUUUCAUGCAGCACCUUCAUCAGGUAUCAUUGCCGCCUUCACUGAGAUCUUCCUCUGUGGCUCCAGCUUGCCAACCGCCUCCUGGACAGCAGAUCACUACACCAGCUGUACAAACAAUGCAGCAGCUACCACCAGCUGUACAAACAAUGCCACGGCCAUGCUCUGUGAGAUCAUCUCAGGUCAUUGGUCAAAUUGUUGCUUCUCCACCUGUACAGGUUGUACAGAAUGCAGCAGCUCUUUUCUCAGGCACUUCCUCCAGACCCCCAGUCAUCAGUGCCAUCACUCCUGCACGUAAUCCUCGUCUCGGUGGGGAGAUCCGUUCGCGAGCCCCACACCUUCAGCCAUUCAGACCUUCUGUUGCCACAUCCCUUCCUGUGUCACCAUCAGUCUCUCAACUUCAACCGGAGCUAAUGCUCCCGUCUCAACCUGAACAGCCACCUCCACCACCUAGGCCACUGCCACCAGCACCAAGGCUUCCACUAACGAAUUUGGUUUCUCAAAAUGGAUCUACCCCUCAUGGUGGACUACCAACUCCACCUAAUCCAUCUCCAUCUACAGUUCGAAUGGUAAUGGACAUGGAUCAUCAGCCUCCUGUACCAAGGAUUCGUACUUCAUCGCCUUUACCUGAAAUUUGUUCUACUUUUCGUUCAUUGGAACUAUCUGACUUAGAAAUCCUCGGUGAUGUACAGGGUAACCAGACAUCUGCUGUAGCAACAGAUGUUGUUUGCUUAUCUGAUGAUGACUGACAUUUGGAAGCUGUUUAAAAGCAUCCUUGGUGAAGUAUUUAAUUAUUUCUUUGA